AAAAAACACCCCAUCUUGUUUCUUCAUUAUCAUCACUUCCCUCCGAGAGUCCCCAAAACAAAAAUGGCGACUAUGCCAAGCCACGGCCUCAGGCUCAGGCACCUGACCACCACCACCACCACCACCACGCGCCCCUUUCUCCGAACUCUCUGUUCCUCACUAUCUACUCAGGCCUCACUCCCCGAAGACUCCGCCCAGGUCCAGGUCCAGGUCCAACAACAGCCCGGUAAGCCCAACAAGUCAUACUUCCCAAAGCGAGGCCAGACAUUGGAGCUGGUGUGCGAGUCACUUGGUUUCAAAGGGAAGGGUUUGUGCAAGGUGGCAGACACUGGUUUUGUUGUCAUGUGUGACCGUGCACUCCCCGGUGAGCGUUUCAUUGGGCGUGUCACUCGCAAGAAGGACAACUAUGCUGAGGUGACUAAGGUAAAGACAAUAUCUCCUCAUUGGGACUUUGUGGAUGCCCCUUGUGAGUAUGCUUCUUAUUGUGGAGGAUGCAAAACACAAAAUUUGUCUUAUGAGGCUCAACUUAGAGCUAAGGAACAGCAAGUCCGUGAGUUGGUGAUGCAUGUUGGGAAGUUUUCUUGUGAGGAACUGGAAUCCCUAAACAUCAUGAAGCCAAUUGUUCCCUGUGAUAUCCAGUUCCAUUAUAGGAACAAGAUGGAAUUCUCAUUUGGUACUCAAGAAUGGCUACCUAAAGAAUUAUUAUUAGAGAAACAAGAUGGUAGUGAAAGCUAUGCCCUGGGACUGCAUGCUCCUGGCUUUUUUGAUAAGGUUCUAAAUGUCAACAAGUGCUUACUGCAAAGUGAACCUGCCAAUAUGGUUCUUGCAGCUAUCCAAGAUUGUUGGAGAGAUCCACAACUGGGUAUUUCUGCUUACAAUGUUCACUCUCAUGCUGGAUUUCUUAAGCAUCUAAUGCUAAGAACUGGAAGGGAUGUGAAGACUGGUCUGCCAGAACUUAUGGUUAAUUUUGUGACCUCGUCUUACAAGCCAGAACUGCUGAAGCCCUUGGUUGAGAAGAUUUCAUCCAUUCCUGAAGUGGUUUGUCCACAUGAUGGAAUAUGGAGUAGCUUGAUUUACAAACCUGUUUCAGUGACGUAUAAGCACCCUCUCCAGACAGUCAACAGAUCAAUCAUCUGGCUUGGAAUUGCCCAAGUUAUCCCAAAAGCUGUAAGUGUCAUGAAUAAUGUAAAUAGCUCCAUUGGUAACACAUCGGUUGGAGAGGAGGAAUACACUUUGUAUGGGAAAUCCACCAUCACAGAGAUAUUAAGGGGUCUUACAUUUCAAAUAUCAGCCAACUCUUUCUUUCAGACAAAUACUCAUCAGGCAGAGGUUUUGUACAAACUCAUUGAAGAAUGUGCUGGUCUCAGAGGAGAUGGAUCAGAAAUUGUUCUUGACCUGUUUUGUGGAACGGGCACCAUUGGUCUGACACUUGCCAGAAAGGCCAAACAAGUUUACGGAUAUGAAGUUGUUUCUCAAGCCAUUGCAGAUGCUUGCUUGAAUGCUAAGCUGAAUAAUAUCUACAAUGCCACAUUUGUCCAAGGAGAUCUUAAUAAAAUUGAUGAAAGUUUUGGCAACAAUUUUCCUAAGCCUGACGUCGUCAUAUCAGAUCCAAACCGUCCAGGCAUGCACAUGAAGUUGAUUAAAUUCUUGCUAAAGCUUAAGGCACCACGCAUAGUUUAUGUAUCCUGUAAUCCUGCCACAUGUGCACGUGACCUUGAUUAUCUUUGUCAUGGCGUGAUAGAUAAAAAUUUAGAAGGUUGUUACAAGCUAAAGAGCCUACAAGCAGUAGACAUGUUCCCACACACUCCUCAUAUUGAGUGUGUUUGCCUGUUGGAGCUUUGCUGAUCCACAGAGUUCUCAUAUGAAAAGCCUAUCUAUAAAUGGAAAAGGCGUAGCUGUUGCAAAUUCCUACCAUUUCCAUGUUGGCGGCAUUGCUUGAAGACUGUCAAGAUUAAUAGCCUUAAAGGACAUGCAUAUAGACAGAUUCUAUGCAAGUAUUUUUCUAAAAACGCAAAAACGUUGGAGAGAUUCCAAUUUAAUGUUGGCAUUGCUUGAAGAGUGUCCAAAUUGAGACCUUGAGAGGAUAUGCAUACACAAGGAUCUCAAAUAGAGAACACAGAAAUCUUGGAAAUGGUCUCAUAGAUGUGACUUGUGAAGUCUUUAAGUUAAAAUUGAUUUUUGUAAAAGUGAGUGUCUCCUAAGAUUACUUAGGACAUUUACCAACUAGAAAUAUUUUGUAAACCAACCCCCCGCGGCCCCCCCCCGCGCGCGCGCGGGGCGGGCGCCCCCUUUCUUUUUACUUGUGGUUUGGCUUCUAAGUUAUUUGAUAUUUUAAACGUGGGAAGUUGAGUUGACUUCUUUUACAGCUUUCCAGUUUCAUAGUAAAAGACUUUAGAUUCGAUUU